CUUCUAGCGAGGACGUCGCGGAAAUCCCGGAACUACAAGUGCCCCAGCGUUGCUUAGCUUGUCCAGCUCUUUUUCGGGAUGGCCACCGCGCCACAGUCUUCUUUUCAAAUGAGAUCGGCUGAUCUGAUCAGAAAAGAGGCCCUGGACUAUGGAGGGUUUGGAGACGUUUACCUGUGCUACCAUGUAACCCUCGGCCAGGUGGUGUUGAAGACCAUGUAUACAGGCCCUAUUCGCAACGAGGAGAAUAAAAAGUCGCUGCUGGAGGAGGGGAACAUCAUGGCCAGCCUGAACCAUGAACGAGUGGUGAAGCUGCUGGGUGUGAUCAUGGAAGAAAGAGACUGCUCGCUAGUAAUGGAACUCCUCCCCAGAGGCAAUCUGUCGGUCAUGCUAGAGACGGUCUCCGUGCCACUAUCCAUCAAGUGCAGAAUCAUCUUAGAGGUUUUGGAAGGGAUGAUUUACCUGACAGAGAGACACGUCAUACACAAGGACAUCAAGCCGGAAAACAUUUUAGUUGACAAGGAUUUUCACAUCAAGAUUGCAGACCUUGGCCUGGCCACCUGCCUGACAUGGAGCAAACUCACAAAGGAGGAGUCCAGCAGAAGGAGUCGUAAAGCACGCUCAGCAGGGACGAGAGGCGCUGGGACACUGAGCUACAUGGCCCCUGAGCACUUGGAGAGUAUACACACAGUCUCCACUGAGAAGUCUGACGUCUACAGCUUUGCAAUCGUAGUUUGGGUCAUCGUCACAGGGGAGGAGCCGUAUGCAAAUGCAAGGAGUGAAGAACACAUCAGCCAGUGCGUCCGUAACGGGGACCGACCUGCAGUGAACCUUGUUCCAGAAGAUACGCCUGUAGAGAUCCUUCAGCUCAUGAAGAGGGGCUGGGAUCACAAUCCGGUGCAAAGGCCAACAUUUAAAGAGGGACAUGACUUCCUGCUGCCUUUCUACAUUGAAAAGCUUGAACCUCUUGUAGAGGAAGAUUUACAGGAGCUGAGGAAAUUAUAUGAAGGCCCAGAGGAACUUGUUGAGAAGAUGAAAACUCUGUCAAUGACCCAGGAAUGUUUUUUGCCAGAUUGCCCAGCUCCCUUGAUGAGUUCAGACAGAAGUGUACCUGGGCCAGUUGAAGCCAGCAUUGAGGACAUGCAUGACAUCCAAUAUGUGCAACCUCUUCAGACAGACGCAAAGGCAUUCAGAAGCCCUUCAGCUUUGGAGGAGAAGCUGGCUCGGGAGCUUCAGUACCACAAACAUGGCAGCUACAACCAGCUUGAAAUCUAUCAAGGCAACCCAAAUCCUUUCCUGCAAAACCACUUCAGCAAUUCAGAUCAAGCUAUCCAGCAACCAGAACCAGACAAACCCUCUGGUGCAUCCUCUGUCCAAUCGUGGACAAAAGCUGAGCCAGUGCAGCCCACCAGCCAGGAGGAGGCGUAUCGCCCUACUGCUGGUCCCUAUAAUUCCAUGAACUCCUCCAUACCUUCUCCAUGCCACUUUCCACUGUCUGCCAGCAGCCCUUCUCUAUCACAAUAUAACCAGCAACAUCCACACUCCCACUAUGACCGCCAGCAGUCCUGCCCAGUUUACCCAGUGUCUGAUACGUCUGCUCCUGAUAUCAAGCCCGGGCGUCUCCUAGCACCCUCAAAGAGCUACUUACCACAAGAUCCAGGAUCUCUUUUCAUUCAGAAUGCAAGCGGGAUCCAGAUUGGGAGCAACAACUUGAUGAGUAUCAGAGGUCACGAGGCCUCCAAUAGUUUGAUGUCUCUGCCUUCGAAUGCCUCAGCACACUCUCCCAUCAAAGAAGGCAUUUUCAAAUAUGAGGACUAUGCCGUGACCGAAGGUCACCUGGACAUACUGAGGGACAACAUCGGUAAAAAAUGGAAGGGAUGUGCACGGCGACUGGGUCUGAGCAGUGUGGAAAUAGAGACCAUUGAGCACGACUGUUUCCGUGACGGCCUCCCCGAGAUGGUGCAUCAGAUGCUGGAUCGGUGGAAAAUGAAGGAGGGAAGUAUUGGCUGCACUAUUGGGAAGCUUUGUCGUGCUCUGGAUGGUCUCAUAAAGAUAGAUGUCAUCCAGAAAAUAUUGGACUCCUGCAGUUCUUCCUCCUAGAUCUGAUAAACUUUCUACCUCAUUCCGGGUAAAGGACCAUCUGCUCAUGAUGAUCACAUUUUUUUAACCGUUUGCAACAUUUAAAGGCUCUCUCAACCAAAAAGUAUACUAUUUUCGGAUUUAUGGGACACAUUUUAAAUACCUUCUCUCUCGCAACAUGUGUCUUGCUCAAAGCAUUGAAAAUGGCAUACUGAAAACCGAAGAGCUCACUUGACUUCUUCACUGAAACGUUUCCUUUGUUACUUUUUUAAAAUCCUCACAGCUCCCUGUGAACCGUUCUCACUUUCUGGUACUCACUUAUUUUGAGAAAUUGUUACCCGGACUUGACUUUUAUUGUGAACGUUUUUAAAUGACUAUAACUUUUUAUAGCAAGAAGAUGUCAGGGUUUUCUUAAUGUAACAUUUCAAAAUCUGUUUUAAAAGCAAUAAUAGCCUGAAUGAUUAGUAUAUUAUGCAUAUUGCAAACAAUGUGUUACAGCUGACACAUCAGACAAGUCUAAGCAAGAGUUAUUACAAAAGUAAUAUUUUUUAUAUAAAAUGUCGAUUAUGAUUGUUUUUAUUUUGUGCAAGGUUACUGUAGCUUUAACUGAAUAUUAACUCAUAUUUAGGGACAAUCAAAUGGUGUGUGGUAAACAUUUAUUCCAUCCCAACACAAACAGAAAGACUUCAAUCACAGAACAGGCAGGGUCAGCUACUCUGUAAGAAUGUAAGAAGCUGAAAACACACGGUAUGUAUUCACAGAAAGACAGAACAAGUCCACAAAUACAUUUGCAUUUUUGUUGUCAUCCAUGUGUCCAGUGGGAAUCAGUAGACACUCAUGAGAUGAGUAACAUAAAGUCUGUCUCCUUCAGCUUGAGACCUGCUGUAGAUUAUCUUCUUACAUUUCCCCAAAUCACAGUAAAGGUGCAUUAAUUAGCAUUGAGCUAUUCCUUUGAAUGAUCAGUGUGUGGAUUUACUCUCAUGAUAUCAGAUUGUCUUCAAACUGAUACGCUGCUGUGAUGUACUGUAUAGCAUUUUCAAUUAUAAGAUUUGAUGUUUUGUUCUUUUUCAUUACAAAAUGUUGUAACAAAAAAAAUGUCUUCACUUUGUUCUUCUUCAACAAGUUCGACCCAAAACCAGUUGUAUUUUAAAAGCCAUUUCGAUAUUCUAAAUAAACUGAACAAAUGUUUAUAAAAUCCCAAAGUAAAUACAUUUCAUGUGUUACAUGGAUGGAACUACAGUACACACUUUCAGAUGGUUUUACUU